GUACUGUAUGAGCAUGAACGUUGCCAUUUGGUCUCGACACUGAUGCUCGUUCACUGGCUCAAAUGGCUCGGAGGAAAUGUCCAGGAGGCAGGAUAUCUCGACCACAACAAUGCAGGUCAUUCACCAGCUAAUUCAUGGAUCGAAGUCGGACUGUCGGACGCAUGCCAAAUCCUUCUCGCGUGGCGCGCGCCAACGACGCCACAACUGCAAGCGCGCUUUUUGGCUCUCGGCUCGAUGUGUAGGAUCCGGAGAAGACGUUACCCAAGUGGAAUGGCAGGUAACUGUCAAAACGAGAGCUGACG